GUGUGACCUUCAAGUGCUCAAUAACCUUUAUCAGUGGACGAUACCACUGAAGCGUUACUUCAAGGUUACCUUGGUGUCACUUCUGUGCUGUUCAUGAUUUAUUGUUUACGGAAUUUUUAGUUCCCAACCUGUUCAAAAUAACAAUAAAAUUUCAGCCUGCGAUUCGGUGCUCUUUUUAGCUUAGUUUACCUUAAGCUAAUUCAAUUAAAUAUCUCAAGCUCCCAACUUUGGAGAAAUUUUGGUGAAAAACCCCAAAGUCAAGGAAAAUUUUGGGGAAAAACGCAAAAUUUCCCCAAAAUUGUGAAAAAAUUUGAGGUUUUAUUAAUAAAUGUAAGCCGAUUUCCACAAAACGUAAUAAGAUUCUGGGGAAGUAUUGUUGAAUUCGUGCCAUUUCCCCAAAGUUUACUAUGGCGGCUUCCCCAAAGUGGGUCAAAUUUUCCCCGAAACUGGGAGAUUGGGUAUGUUUGUAUCCUUUCAAUGAUAGAGGUCAAAGUACGGAUGGGUACUCAUAGGUGUUCGGAGCACCGUUCUCUUAAUUUUACAUCUAUCGUGAUUUUCCUUUCAUAUGAGUUAGUUAACACAUUACAGGGAAGCGUUUUUAUUUGGGUAACAUCAUUUAUAGGAAUUGUGCAAAUUAGUUCAUGUCUUUUAUAUUUUUAGGCAAAGAAACAAUCGUAUUAUCUGUUUAUACGAUAUUGAUGAGUAAUCUAUGUUUAGGUCGCGUACAAACCUCAUUUUUAUCUCGUUUCAUAAACUCCCCAAUCAGUUCCAUACUACAUCCAACAAAGUGAGAAGCUUGGCGAAAAUCCCCGUUAGUCCAGUAACAUAUCAAGUUUUUUUAGGUGGACUUUCUUGUGGAAUUUUUGCAAUUGCUUGGAUUUCAAAGUCUAAGAAGCCGCGUAUCAUUACACUAGAGGAACUUGCUCAGCAUAACUGUAAGGAACGUGGAGUUUGGGUCUCUCUUAAAGGUAAAGUGUACGAUGUUACGAGUUUUGUUGACGAUCAUCCUGGGGGUGACAAAAUUCUUUUGGCCGCUGGGUCUGACGUCUCUUCAUUUUGGUCCGUUUAUGCAUUUCACUACCAGAGUCAUGUUUUGAAAAUACUAGAGAAGUACUAUAUUGGAGAACUUGACAAAUCGGACUUUGUCGAAGAAGAAGACAAUGAAGAUAUAUAUAGUUCUGAUCCUCAGAGAAAUCCGGAUUUGAAAGUGGUUUCGCAACGUCCUUUUAAUGCGGAAACUCCUCUUUCAUCAAUAUGUAGCAACCCAAUAACUCCUAGUGAUUUAUUUUUUGUAAGAAACCACCUUCCUGUUCCUGAUGUUGAUCCUGAGACAUAUAGACUUGAAAUAGCUUCUUCGGUUAUAAAAGUUAACAAUCAAUCACUGAAUUUGUCUUUAAAAUUAGAAGAUAUUCUAAAGAAUUAUCCUCGUAAAAGUUUAGUAUCCACCAUUGUUUGCGCUGGAAACCGACGAUCAGAUAUGAUCAAGUAUGAUAUAAAAAAGGCUGAAUUAGAAGAACAUAGUCCUUAUGUGAAAGGCUUAUCGUGGUCUGAGGGAGCAAUUUCUACGGCAGAGUGGACUGGCGUACUGUUAGUGGACUUAUUGGCUUAUCAUCUGUUACCUUCAAACCAAAGAACAAACUAUCAAGCACUCUACGAAUUGCUUAAAAAUGCAGGUGUACGUCACAUUCGAUUUGAUGGACUGGAUAUAGAUCCUACUGGUGGAGCUUUUGGUUCAUCGCUACCAAUUGAUUUAGCUUUAGAUCCUCAGAGGGAGGUAAUCAUUGCUUUUAAAAUGAACAAUAAGCCAUUAACUCGGGAUCAUGGUUUCCCAUUGAGAAUUAUCAUACCUGGUUCUAUUGGAGCUCGUCAAGUUAAAUGGCUAGGUCAAAUUACAUUAUCAACGGACGAAAGUGAAAGCUUUUGGCAGCAGGGUGAUUAUAAAUAUGUUCUACCGAUGGGUGAUGGUAAAGUCCCGGAUCUGAAGGGCUUACCGGCUAUUUUGGAUUAUCCUGUUCAGUCAGUUAUUUGUAAACCUUCUGAUGGCCAAACCCUCAAAAACACUGGGAGUGUAAUUUUGUCAGGCUAUGCAUUCAGCGGAGGUGGGCGUGGGAUCAUUUCCGUUCGCAUUUCUUCGGAUGGUGGCAGGUCUUGGUAUCAAGCGAAAUUGUCACCAGCCAGCCCUCCUGCAGCAGAAGGUGAUGUAACGGACAUAGACAAUCCUCAUUCUUUAAAAAACCGGAGCGUGAAACAAUGGGCGUGGACAAUAUGGACUGUGGAGGUUCCUAUUCCAAAAGAUAUUCGUGAAGCAGAGUUUGUGUGUUCGGCUGUUGAUAGCUCUUACAACACCCAACCGGAAUUCUGCUCAGCUACUUUAAACAUUCGCGGCUUAUUGUCAAACUGUUGGCACCGAAUUAAUGUUAAAUUCGACGCUUCAAGCUGAAAAACUUGAUUUCGAUUCAUGAUUACUUCUAUGCAAGAAUUAUUUUGAUUUUUAGAUAACGCUUUUGUGUUAAAAUAUAUUUUAUAUUUUUGGAA